CGUUUCAGGUCCGUUCUUGCAGAUUAUUCUGUCGGGCACUGGCAGCAAUAUCCAGGUUCCUCCUGUCUUCCACUCUUCCACAUCAUUAUGUUUUCACCCUCCGGAAAAUCUCAGUCAGCUCGGGUCGACGACCUCCAAGGUUUCUCUCUCUUGGCUCCAUGUAUUUUGAUUACUUUUACUCCGUAACGAAAAAUUUCAAAAUUUGAUUCUAGGGUUUCACCGUCUCCUCCUUUAGUACAAAAAUGGAGGCCAUGGCUGUAAACCCCAGUACCUCCUCCACCGCCAUAGACAACCACCCUUCUCAAAUUCAAAAUCUCUCAUCCUCUUCGUCAACCCCAAGAAAAGCAACCCCACCCCUGAAACCACUUCUUAAGGUCCACCAAUUCCCAUCCCACCUGGACGCACCGGAUAUUUCCCCAACAGCCCGUACCAUCUGCGAAAUCCUCACCCGUGCCUCUCCCCACGACAUCGAAUCUGCACUCUCUUCUACGGGCAUCUCUCCCUCCCCUGAAAUUGUCGAAGAAGUCCUCAGAUUUUCCUAUCAUUACCCCUCCUCUGCUCUGAAGUUCUUCCGGUGGGCUAUGCAGGCCCAGAAGCACUCGGCUGAUGCUUGGAAUCUAAUGGUCGAUUUGCUUGGCAAGAAUCAGCUCUUCGAGGCGAUGUGGGAUGCAGUGCGGUCGAUGAAGCAGGAAGGAGUGCUCUCGACGGCCACGUUCGCGUCGGUCUUCGGGAGUUAUUGCACGGUCCGGAGGUCUAACGAGGCGGUCAUGAGCUUUGAUGUGAUGGAUAGGUACGGAAUUCAACAAGAUGUUGUUGCGGUGAAUUCGCUGUUGAGCGCGUUUUGCCGUGAGGAGAAUCAAACGGUGAAGGCCUUGGAGUUCGUCGAAAGGAUCAAAACGAAGAUCCCACCAGAUGUGGACACGUUCACCAUUUUGUUGGGAGGAUUGGAGAAGGAAGGCAAUAUGUCGCAAGCCAUACGUAUGUUUCGCGAGAUGGUGGACGGUGUCGGUUGGAGCCCGAAGUAUAUGGGAGCUUAUGAUUCAUUCUUGAUGACGCUUUUACGUGGGGCAGCGGUCGAUGAGGCCAUCAAGUUUCUUCAAGUUAUGAAGGGAAACAACUGCCAACCAGGUUUGAAAUUAUUUUCAAAUGCUCUUGAUAUUCUUAUUGAUCAAGGCGAUUCGCGCCAAGCAAUCCCAUUGUGGGAUAUUAUGGUGGGCAGUGGAUUGGUGCCUAACUUGAUAAUGUAUAAUUCCAUGAUUGGCUUACUCUGCAACAACGAUGAUAUCGAUAAUGCAUUUCGUCUCCUGGAUGAGAUGGUCUUUAAUGGUGUUUUUCCUGAUUCUUUAACUUAUAACAUGAUAUUUCAAUGUUUGAUUAAAAACAAGAAGGUCCAUGAAGUGAGUAAGUUCUUUGUUGAGAUGAUUAAGAAUGAAUGGCCACCUACGCAUUCCAAUUGCGCAAUGGCCAUUGCAAUGUUGUUUGAAGGCUAUGACCCCGAAACAGCCAUUGAGAUUUGGAACUACAUGAUUGAGAACAGUAUUAAGCCUCUUGAUAAGAGCGCAAAUGCUUUGCUCCUUGGUCUUUGUAAGUUAGGUAGGUUGUCGGAGUUGGGGAGUUUUGCCAAUGAUAUGCUUGAUAGAAGAGUCAGAAUAUAUGACUCGACAAUGGAAAACUUGAAGAAUGCUUUCUAUAAGGAGGGUAGAGCUGCAAGGGAUAAGUUUGAUAGUCUUUCAAGGAGGUGGAAAGCUCGCUAGAGUUCAUGCUGUAAACUUCUUUUUUGAUCUGGUAUAUAAACUUUAAUAUGUUUAUUUUGCUUUUGGAGGAAUGUUUCACUAACUGGCACUCCUUUAAUGAAGCCUUUUUGUUUUCCCUUGAUUUUCUUGUUCUGUCUUUAAUGAACAAUUAGACUGCUCCCUUGUUUGUGUUUGUACAGUUAAAUUGGAAGUUUGUGAGAUGCGGUUGAUUCCUUUAACUUCUGGAGCUUUUA